AUGUGUUUUUACGCGCACCUGUUCUCUGAGCAUGAUGCCGCGAGCACUGCCGUAUCCUGCCAAGAGCCCAGCUUUGUAGGGGGCCAACGAUACGACUGCCCCUAUUCCGUCCCGGCGUCAGCGGAAAGUGUUGACGUUUCCAAGGAAACAGUGGUCUCCUUUUGGACCGCCGGUCCCCUGGACGACACAGUUUGCCUGCACGAGCCGUCUCAGCAUGAAACAUUCUAUAAUCUGGGCUAUGAGACUGAACCAACCUGGAAUGACCACCUGUCACCUCAGCUGCAAAGGAAUAAACAGCUGCAAGACACCUUGCUACAACGGGAGGAAGAACUAGCAAGGCUCCAGGAAGAAAACAACAAACUGAAAGAAUUCUUGAAUUCUUCAGUAGUGAAAUGCUUAGAAGUCAAAGCCAAGAAGUUGCUUUCUGCUCCAAGGGGCCCUGGAGCAAGGAACAGGAAGAGGAUUCAACUGGAUGAUGGAAGACACUGCAGGUUCAAUACCAGCCAGCUGCUUCCUGGGGCUCCAGGCAAACGAACCUGUCGGAACAUCACAUCGGACUUCUGCUCUGCAGAGGAAGUGGCCAAUACGUUGCCCAUGGACUCCUGGGUCCUUCAGACCCUGGGCCUGAAGGAUGAGGACACCAUUGACCCCGCUGCAAACUACAGCUGCAGUAUCAACUCCACUGCUAACUUCAGCUCCAAAAUUGACCCUUCAGCUAACUACUGCCCUGAUACUGAUCACUCUGCUAACUGCAGCUCCCAUCUCGACUCCUCUCCUAACUUCAGGUCUAACAUCUCCUCUCCUAGCUCCUGCUCCAACAUCAACUCCUCUGUAAACUACAUCGCUAACCUCAACCCUGCCAUCCCCAGCCCCAGUAUCGAUCCUUCUGCCAAUAUCAACCUCUCCACUAAUUCCGGCGCUGACUGCACUGCCCCUCUGCUAGCCCAUUUGACUGAUGUGCUGCAGCUGCCCGAUCCCCUGAACAUCCACCCCCAGAUGUCAUCUUUGCCAGGGUUGCCCUGUGACAUGGAGACAGUGCAGCAGCACAGCCCAACACCACACUGCCUGGAGUCUACCUCCACACUGCUGCAGCCUCAGGCCACCCCUCCUGGAGAGAGCACUCCACAUUCCAUUACCCCCGGUGCCCCACGGGGCCGGACAGAGGUGGCCUUCAGCAUGUCCCUGGAACCCCGGAACAGUGUGAGGACACAUAGCUUCCCUCAGGGGCAAGCCUUCGUCUGCAAGGACACGCGUGGAGGCUGGAACUUCACCUGGGUCCCCAAAGACACAUCUUAGAUUAAACACACUGUCAAACAAACAUGUCCAUGUCUCAGAGUGCACUGGUAUACACACAGAGAUAACAAUACCCCAGUACACACAUAUACACACAAGCACAUGUAUACACACAUGCCUGUACUCUAACUGGUUUAUAAUCAUCUUUAUGAACAUGUAUGUCCAUAAAUGUACAUUUGGUGUACGCACACCCGUAAUUGAGCAUGGGUUGUUUACUGAGGAAAGUAACAAGAGGAGUACAUUAAUGUCUGUCUUUGAUUUUUGAGUCCCCACUGACAAUGAACUCUAAUUUUAGUCUUGUUGAUAAUGUCAGUCCUCUCUGUGAGAACCCUUACCUUUUGCACUUGAUUGACAUGUGAUUGACAGACUCUAACCAACUGCCUCCUUACACUGAACUGCCCACAACUACAAAUAACUGUAGAUAUUUUUUACUUAAUCAGAUAUAUAAAACUGUAAGUAUUGUAAUUCUGACACUUUUUAAAUAUAUUUCUAGUUUUAUGUUGAAACUUAACACAGAAUUGUUUUAUAUCUAUUUUGCAUUGUAUUAUUAAUUGUAAGUGGUUA